CUUUGUCUGCAAGUAAGAAUUGCUUUCUUUGCUUCACCCCCUCCCGAAAUCGGUACUUAAGAAGGGCAGAAAAAAGAAGAAAAAAAAGAUUCAUCAAGAACAAAAUACCAAGAUUUCCAAGAUUUAGAUUUCUGGGAAUAAGUGUGAACAAGCAACCAUAUUCGCCCAAAUGAAAAACGAUCCCGAGAAACAAGACCUGGAAGAUGCACACCGAGUCGAAACCUCAUCGAGCCUCGAGACCCUGGUGAUAGAAGCCAUCCCCAGUCUCGGCAGCCACAACAACAUCACCGCACCCAGCACCAAAUCUCUCCACACGGUCAUUCCCUCAGAUGACGCCCCAGCUCCCCUUACGCUCUUCCAACGUCUUCAACGUUCCCAACGCAAUUCCAUCUUCCAACUAACUCUCGUGGCCCUUCUCUCCUUCCUCGGCCCGGGUAUGUGGAACGCGCUAAACGGCAUCGGCGGCGCCGGUCUGGUCUCUGCCGGGCCGGCAAACGAAGCCAACAUCGCGCUCUACACCACGUUCGCUAUCGGAGGCUUCUUUGGCGGGAUUGUGGUUAACCGGCUUGGGUUCCGGCUUUCGUUUGUUUUGGGAGAAUUGGGGUAUGCGUUAUACUCUGGGAGUACGUUGGCGUAUAAACAUAUUGGGAGUAAGGUGUUUAUUGUGGCGGCUGGGACGCAACUUGGGUUUUCGGCGGGCUGGUUUUGGACGGCGCAGACGGCGACGAUAACGUCGUAUCCGACGGAUGGGGAGAGGGGGAAGGCGGUUGCGGUGUGGGGGUUGAUUUAUAAUUCUGGAGCGUGUAUUGGGAGUUUGGUGAGUUUGGACGUAACAAGGUCAGACGGCACCUCAGUCGAGAUUCCCAGAUCUCCCACUUGGAAGGAAGCCACAUUGGACCUAUGGAAAUGUCUCCAUCGAGAACCGCACCUCGUAUUCAUAUUCCCCAUGUACUUCGCCAGCAACUUCUUCUACCCCUACCAAUUCAACACCUUCAACCUCAAACACUUCACCAUCAGAACUCGAGCAUUCAACAACAUAAUCUACUGGCUUGCAGAAAUUGCAGGGAAUUUAAUCACAGGUUCUUUGCUGGAUGUCAAACAUGCUUGUUUUAGCGUCAGGAAUAGAGCUCAGAUGUGUCUCGUGAUAUUAUUGUUAUCUACAUGUGGUGUCUGCACUUGUGCUUUCCUGUGGCAACAAGGCGCCGCGCCCAUCACCGCAGUUUCGGGUAAGAUUGACUACACAGACCACGUGUACUACACCACUGGCGCAGCGCUGUAUGCGGGAUUUGGUUUGCUGGCAGCUUCAUAUACCGGGUCGUUAAUCUGGUUACUGAAACCGAUCUGUCCAAACGACGAGAACAGAAUCCACCUCGGCGGGAUCUUCAAAGGAAUCCAAUCCGCAGGAGGAGCCGUAGCCUUCCACAUCAACACGAUCGGAAUCGCACCAACAACUGAAUUGGCGAUCAACUGGGGAUUACUAGCUGGAGGCAUCUUAAUCGCUGCUCCGAUGGUGUUCAAGAAAGCGCGAAGCAAAGAAGAAUUUUCGAAUGCAAGGAGUGUGUCAUGAAAAUUGGAUUGAAUGAUGAAGAGUUGACUGAGGAAUAUGCGUGUUUUUUUGGUUGGUGGAUGAGAACUUUCUCUGAACAGGGUCUUGGUGUUGGGAUUUUGCUAGUGCUUGCAAUCUAUUAGACAGAGCUGUGCACAAACAAAAUAUAAUAAUAUGCUUUGGACAAUACGUGGGAUUUGAUGAGUCAAGAUCAAAGUUGAACUAACUUCGAGACGUAAAACGAUUCGAAAGCAGCAAAAGAGAAGAUAAGAAAAACAUUGUGCUCUAG